GACAAACGGGAAGAAACAAAAGUUGAGAAGUCAACAUUGUCUUUUGACUUGGACAGAAAGCUGGAAGUGUUAAAGAAAUAUGGGCAGCUAGAAGAGAGAACCAAUGUCAUUAGAAUCCUCCCAAGUUGUCAUUAUUCUUGUAAAAUUUGGGAGCAAGAACGAGCCGGACACGUGCUCGAGUUGGAGUUAUUCGCGAAAGGUCAUCUAAUUUGGCAGCCCUAUCGAUGGGGAUUGAUUCGUGAUGUGAGAUGGAGAGGACGGUCCCGUUUAAUGCGUUUCCCACAAGCAAUCGUGGAGGAGGAAGCGGCGAGGAAUCGACCGGGGGAGGAGCUAUGAAGAGGCGUUCGAUCGACGGAUCUGAUGGCGGCGGGGAUCCCCGGGUUGCCGCUGAGGAGGAGAAGAACAAGAAACCGAGAUCCGACGGAGGAAAGGCGGAAGUGACUGCUGAGGAGGAGGAGGAGGAGGAGGUGAACGUGGCGGAGCUCGGAGAGGACCUGGUUCUCGAGGUGCUGAAGCGGGCGGACGCCCGGACGCUGGGGCGUGCGGCGUGCGUGAGCCGGCGGUGGCGAAGGCUGGCGGAGGACGAGCGACUCUGGGAGGCGGUGUGCACCCGGGACUGGGUCAGAGUGCCGUACGGCGAGCGGCAGCUUAGGUCGGUGGUGCUCGCCCUCGGGGGAUUCCGUCGCCUCCACUCCCUCUACAUCCUCCCAUUCCUCGGCACCUCCGGCCCCCGCACCGCGGCUUCUUCCCCGGCUCUCGCCCUUCCUUCGGCCGCCGCCACGUCGCCGUCUCCGAUGACGAGGCGGGCUCACCUCCAGCCCCGAUGGGGCAAGGACGAGGUCCAACUCUCGCUCGCUCUCCUCUCCAUCGGCUUCUUCGAGAAAAUGAAUCCUAACAACAACCACCGUGGCGGCGGCGGCGGUUGUGGAUAAAACCACCAGGUCCGAUCUCCACCUCCUCUAUCUCCUUCAAAAAUCUAAUUUUUAUAUGGUGCCUCUAUAAAUUUCUUCCGUGAGAAAUCCAGUUCUCGCUCACUCCUCUCCUCUCCAUCGAGAAGAUGAAUCCUAACAACAGCCGCCGCAGCGGUGGCUAUGAAUGAGACCAGCAGAUCUGGUCGCCGCCUUCUAUUAUCCCAUAAAAGUCCAAUUUUUAUCCUUAUUAGCUGUUGUUUGUGGCUUUAUAUAUUUCAUGUGUGUACAUUUAUGAACCAAUGAGUCUCUCUUCUUCCUA